UAGUCACAACGAAUUCCUGUCGUUUAUUGUGAAUGGUAUUACAUAUGUCGUUUUUCGCCUGAAAUGCGACUAUGUUUAAAAUCUAUUACAUUUUUUGGUAUUAUGUAUGCCGUUUUUUAACGAGAAAUUCGACAGAAACAGUCGUAGAGAAUUUUUCAAGUGACAAGAUUAAAAAUUACAAAAACUGAAUAAAAAUAAUUAGAAAAAUGAAUAACAGCAAAACGAUAAAGAAAACGACACCAAAACAAUUUGAAGCUCUUGUGGAUUUUAUGUGUCAAAACCCAAAUAUAGCUAAAGGAUACCAUAAAAACACAGACAAGUUGUCCAUUAAAGAGCAGUGGAAUAAUUUGCAAAGGAAGCUGAAUAGUUUAGGCCCUCCCACACGUGAGGCUGAAGGUUGGAUGAAGGUAUGGGCAGAUAUGAAGAGCAGCGUUAAGAAGAAAAUCGUGCACAAUAAGAUGGAAAGCCGUGCAACUGGUGGAGGCAUUUUCAACCAGAAGUUGUUGACACCUUUGGAGGAGGCAGUAGCAGGACUACUGCAAAUCAAUUCUAUUGUAAGUCCAGAAUGCCCAUCCAUCGGUGUUCAAAGCUCACCGGUAAACCUGAUUCAAGAAAUUUUGGAGGACGAAGUUGAUGGACACGUCAGCGAGGACAAUGUAGAAGUGGAUAUCCAACCCAAUACUUCCACUCGAAAAAGGAAGCAACGAACUGUGGACAAAAAUGUACUUCUGGAUCAACAGCUUAUAAUUAAGAUUAAGAUUAUAAGCAUUGGUUUCGUCUUCUUCGUCAGAAGAUGA